CGUAGAUCCGCAGCUGAAAACAUGGCCGCCGCCUCUUGACAGCGUGAGUGAACGGGGUGAAGUUUGUGUUGCCGCAGCGAGGACACACGCACACACACUGUUCCAUAGUUUAUUUCACUUUGACAAGAAACACAAUUAGACCCCAAGAGCAGCGUCUCCUCCCGGCUCGGGUGUCCCAGGCUCUGUCCCUUUAUGCUGGUGAGGUCAGCUCGGCUCUUCCCCUUCAUCGUCUCCAGUCACCAGCAGCAUCGUCUCACCUCUGCUGCUCGACACGUGUCUCAGUGGAGGAUCAGCAGGGCUGCUGCUGUUCUCAGCAGGGGACUGAAAUCUAUGGAGCCCCUGAAAACCCAUCAAGACCCAAGGGUUCCCAGUCAUAACCCCCCGCCUGCAUCUACUGGACCCACAGCUGGUGUUAUGACCCCAACAGACGCGGCACCUGACACGGAGACGCCUCCGCCCGUGGGUCUUCUACCAGGGGAGACGGUGGUCAAGGAGGGCAAGGCGGCCAUCUUGUUUCCCAGUGCAAAUGAAGUGUUUUACAACCCGGUCCAGGAGUUUAACAGAGAUCUGACAUGUGCAGUGAUCACAGAGUUUGCCAGAGAACUGCUGGCUCAGCGCGGCAUAAAGGUGGUGGUGCCUGGAGAGAAGGAGAGGGUGGUGGUCUCCCUGUCGGAGGAGACGAACGAGGCAGAGGCUCCGGUGAAGGAGGAGAACAGAACAGAGGAGCCGGUGGAAACUGCAACAGCGGGGGAGAAAUGUGAGCGAGGUCUCCGGGUCCUUGAGGGUCUGGCGGCGUCGGGUUUACGCUCUGUGCGUUUCGCUCUGGAGGUCCCGGGCCUGCAGAGCAUCACCGCCAACGACUUCUCAGCCAAGGCCGCGGGUCUGAUCGCCAGGAACUCCGAGUACAACGGGGUGAACCACCUGCUCCAGGCCAGCUGCAGGGACGCCAGUAUGCUGAUGUACGAGAUGCGAGGGAAGAAGGAGCGCUAUGACGUCAUAGACCUGGAUCCGUAUGGCAGCCCCGCCCCCUUCCUGGAUGCCGCCGUACAGGCCGUCAGUGAAGGAGGUCUGUUGUGUAUAACAUGUACCGACAUGGCCGUGAUGGCUGGAAACAGUGGAGAGACCUGCUACAGCAAGUACGGUUCAGUCUCCAUCAAAGCCAAAUACUGUCAUGAGAUGGCUCUGCGUAUCAUCCUCCACAGUUUGGACCAGAGGGCGGGGGUGUACCAGCGAUACAUCCAGCCCCUGCUGUCAGUCAGCGUCGAUUUCUACAUCAGAGUCUUUGUGCGUGUCUUCACGGGCCAGUGCACAGUGAAGAACUCAGCCAGUAAACAGGCUCUGGCCUACAACUGUGUCGGCUGUGGGUCUUUCCACCUACAGAGAAUGGGCAAGAGAAUGAUGAAUGGGAAACAUAUGAAGUAUUCUGCUGCUACAGGACCUCCUGUUGGACCAGAGUGUGAGCACUGUGGACAGAGACAUCAGAUGGGGGGUCCUCUCUGGGUGGAGCCCAUCCAUGACGUGCCGUUUGUCCAGAAGGUUCUGUCCGCCGUGUCUGGGAAACCGUCCAGGUUCGGGACGUCUAAACGCAUCGAGGGGAUGCUGAGCAUGGUGACGGAGGAGCUGGAAGACGUUCCUCUGUAUUACACGGUGGACAGUCUGAGCAGCACGAUACACUGCAACACGCCGCCGCUGCUCCAGUUCUGGUCUGCUCUUCUUCACGCCGGUCACCGGGCUUCCCUCUCUCACGCCUGUAAGAACGCCAUCAAGACCAACGCCCCCCCUGCAGCCAUCUGGGACAUCAUGAGAUGCUGGGAGAAGUCGAACCCUGUGAAGAGGGAGAAGCUGUCUGAGACCAGCCCGGCCUUUAAGAUCCUCUCCACUGAGCCCAGUCUCGAGGCCUGUUUCACUGUGAGGGAAGACGCCAACCCCCAGUCCCGUAAACGCCACCUGACGAGGUUCCAGGAGAAUCCUCAGGCGUUCUGGGGACCUAAAGCUCGGGCCAAAGCCAACGGCGGCGUCUCUACCAGCCUGAAGGAGAAGAGAGAGAAGCACCAGAACAAGAGGAAGAACCAGAUCACAGAUUCUUCUCAGUUGAAAAACCUCCCCUGCAAGAGGUUCCGACAGGGAACAUGUUCACAUGGAGAGAGAUGCUGCUACUCCCACGACCUGCCGCCGACCGACCAAGAGAAGAUGGAGUGAUUCUGCUGUGGCAGCUUUUUUUUUUUUUAAAUAUUUUUAUUCCUGGAGUUUGAAAGUGACAAUGAGGCUCUGCAGUCAGAUUUUAUUUUGCUGAGGACAAGGAACUAAACUCUGUUGAUGUGCUACAGCUGGCUCCAUGUCCAGAUAUUGACAAUAACAGUGAUGCUUUAAAAAAAGAGAAUAACUGAUAUUGUUCAAGUUACAAAUGUGUCAAUCAAACCAGUUUCUCUCUGUUGUGAUGCAGUUUGUUCAAACUGUAGCACGAGUCACUGGAUUGGAAUCAAUAAACAAACCACCGCGCCCUCGUUCCCUCUGAGGCCGACUGUUUCAUCUGAAUCAAACACACUAACUAUUUCCAGCUUAUGAGAAUAUUGUUGUGAACAGUUUUUUUUGUUAACAGCCCGAGAACACAACAAACAGUUCAGUUUGAUUUCAUAGGAUAUUUUUUGUUUUAUUCAUCUGACUGCUGUCAACAUGUCUUUCAGAUCAAUAAAGUCGUCAAAGUGACUUUAAACAUU